AUGAAAAUUUUAAGUUUAAAUAAAUUUUCUGAGACAUCAAGGUCUUUAAUAGUUUCAAAAUUUAUACUGGUGAUAUUAGAAUUGAUUAUUACUUGUUAAUGUUUAGGUGCUACUCAUUAAAAUAUUUCAGCUGGAAUUAGAGCAAUACCAACAGCUGAUGAAUAUGAAGAGGCAUAAGUUUAGUAAUAAAUAAAACUAAAAAAAGCAUUAUAAUAUUUUUGAUAUUGUGUAUUCUAUUUUAAGCAGCACAGAUUGGUUUAAAUAUGUUAGCUAUGAAUAUUCAUUUUGAUAAAGUAAAUUCAAUUUUGUGUAUUUAUCAUUUUGUCGGAGUUUGGACAUUUGUUUGUUUUCUAUUUGAUAGAUGGAAACAUAAGACUAUAAUGUAUAUAUGGGUAAUAUUUUGGUAAUGAAUAAUUAUGUAAACAAAGUAUAAUUCCAUUUUUGUUUGAAUUUCUAACAUCUUUAAAUGGAUAUUACUAUUAUGGAAUUCAUGAACAUCGAUAAAUGGAAGCCAAGAGAUAAGCACUGUUAGCUGAAUAAUAGAAGAAGAAGAAAUAAGAGGAAGAAGAAGCAAAGAAAUUAGAGGAUGAAAAUUAACCUCUUAAUCCUUAAGAUGGAAUUUAAAAUGCUAUGUCUUAAUGA